AGCUAAAGCUGUGCAUUGAAAGGGAAGAAGAAUCUCCGACAUAGGAAAUCAAGGUAGAGUUGUUCUUUCCGGAUCUUCAGUAUUGAGAAAAGCGAAGCAGAGAUCAAGAAGAGAUGAUGGGAUGAAGUCCAAGUGGAAGAAGACGAAGACCCUGAAGAGAUAUGGCUAGGGGAGAAAGCAGAGGGAAGUUGUGUUCUUACAAGCGAACCACUGUCGUCAUCUGCUCCAUAAACAUCGUUGCUGCUCUUUACAUUCUCCACUCUCUCUACACUUCUCUCUAUAUCUAUUCUGAUAAUGCCGAUUCCAACGCUGGUAAAUUUACUGAAGAUCAGAUAAAGAGAAUGGAGGAUUCGAUUCGGAUUCGGAAGGCGUCUGAACCUAUAGAACUUGUCAGAAUGGUGAAGAAAAUUAAAGAAGAUUUUUCCAGAGGAAACAGUGUACCAGAAUUGUCUCGGCCUGUGAAACAGAUGGUAACUAAGGAGAUUCUACAGAAAUUGAAAGGGCUGCAUGCUAAUGCAAAUGUGAGUGAACAGAGAGAGGCAUUGGAGAGCUGGCGUCAAGAAAAACUACGAGAGGUCAAACAAUUAACACUUGGACAGACAACCUUGAAUUCAACCAUUCCUGCCAAAGAAGCCAAGAAGCUUUUGAAGGCCUUGGAGUUUGAUUGGACUGUGCUACUUGAAGAAAUUGGUGUUUGGAUGCCAGCUGAAAUCGUCCACAAGGAACAUUAUGAUAAACCUGAGAGGGAGCUUGAACUUGAGGAUCAAAUUAUACCCGGCCGGCCAAUUCCACCUGAAUGUCAUGCUGAGAUUCAUACGGAUUAUGAUGGGACUGCUGUCAGAUGGGGUCUUACCCACCCUAAGGAAAGUGCUGCUGACUGUUGUCAGGCCUGCUUGGAUCAGGCUAAAUAUGCAAAGCUGGGUGAAUUGAAAUGCAAUAUAUGGGUUUAUUGCCCAUCUGAGACAGGGUGCUAUUCGCCAGAUAUUUAUGAACACAAGCAUCAGGAGUGCUGGCUGAAACAUGUUCUGGUCCGGGUGCAGAGACCUUUGAAGUUCAGUCUCACACCACUUGGGGGAGUUUUGAUUAGUAAAACCUACUAAAUCUCAUUGAUGGAUGUAAUCAGUUAUUUUAGAAUCAUUAUAAUGUGGAUAUUAUGAUUUAUUGGGAUUUUUUCCAUUUCUCUC